ACUGCCGUUAAACCGAGGAAGAAGAAUGGCUUAUUCAAACGAAGAAGAACCGACGCCGUUGCUAACAACUGUUUAGCUUUACUGACAUUUUCUUACCUCAGCUCAUCACUGUCAUGUUUAGUACUGGAAUACCUAGUACGUAGGCUUUGUGUAGGCAAUGUAAACAGCACCCUCGUGCAGCAUAAAGGGAACAGAACAGACAUGGCAACUGCCCUGUCUGCUGUAACAUAUGCAUUGUGCAUCCUUAUGAUAACAGAGCUGAUACUUGCCAAGAAGGACUACUAUGAUAUACUGGGUGUGCCUAAAGAUGCCACUGAGAGACAAAUAAAAAAGGCUUUUCACAAGCUUGCAAUGAAAUAUCACCCUGAUAAGAACAGGAGCCCAGAUGCUGAAGUUAAAUUCAGGGGAAUUGCUGAAGCUUAUGAAACGUUGUCAGAUGAAACCAGAAGAAAAGAAUAUGACCAGCUUGGUGACAACUUUGAAUUCUUCACUGGUGACGCACAAGGCAGGCAUAGACAGACAGUUCACCAACCAUUCAACUUCAACUUUAAUGACAUAUUCAAAGACUUUGACAUCUACAGCCAGAAUAGACAUGCCCGUCAACGAAGGCACUUUGAUGAACACUCCAGGUCCCACAGGGACUCUCAUAGCAGACAUAAGAGACACUUUCAAGGAUGUUUUGGAGGACGUGCCUUCGAUGACAUGUUUGACGAUGUAGAGAAAAUGUUUACUUUUGAUAGACACACCAAACAGACUGAAAACAGCUUUCAUGGUGCAUCAAAGCAACACUGUAGAACAGUGACACAGCGCAGAGGAAAUAUGGUAACAACAUAUACAGACUGCACCACGUCUUAGGAUCCAAAAUAAAAUAACUCACUUAAAAUUGCCUUAAAAAGAGAAAAUACAAAUGUAUUAGGUAAUCUGAGACUGUUUGAUUCAUAUGCUGUUAAAAUGACCAAUGAAAGUGACAGCUGACUCGAAGAAAAUAGAAGCACUGAAUAACCUUCGUUAUCUUGGGUUAAAAUUUCAAUAAGCUAUGUUUUGUUCAAGCUAUUUCCUGUUUGCUCAAGGAUUUGUAAAUAACUAGUGGUAUUUUGUCAGUAUUUUUCAGGCACCUUCAUUUGAUGUUGAAUGUGAAAGCAGGAGUAUUUUACAGUUUUGAAAAAUAAAACUCUUAUUUUAACAGAAGUACACCCUGCAUCAGUUCACCAGCAUUUCCCCCACACACACACUUUCUUUUUAGCUUGUUUCGAUGGGUGUUGCCAUUGUAAGUCUUGAUUCACAACUAAAGGCAGAAACAAUAGCUGCUGGCUGAGGUUUGCCUAUGGUUGUCAAAUGGAUAGCAACGUCAACAAAAACCCAGGACCCUGCACAUGUUGCAAAUAUUUCAAUAUGUGUGCUAUACACACAUAGGUGACUUAGGAGGAGAAGAAUUUAAUUAGGAGAGAAGUACAUUUGAAUAUAGGCAUUUUAAUACCUGCAAUGAAUGUUUGUAUGAAGCUUAUAAUGUUCUGUUUUCAAGACAGUGUCAGACUUUUAGACUUAAAGUUUAAAAUCGUUUUGUGGGCAAACUGUACAGAAUUGGAUUAUAUUGACAAUAUAAUAAUCAAACUAUAUAACUGCAGCUUCAGCUAACCGAUAUCAAACGCUGUACAGAUAAUAGUCAUCUGGUGUAGUCACCAGAGGCUGUAAUUUCAAAUUACAAAAAGUUUCUUUACAGGUGACAUCUUGCAGUGUAAAAUGUUCUGUACAUGUUUUGAAUUGAGAUGAAGUGUAGGAAUACUGUACCACCAAACAAACAAAGUAACCUGUAGACUAGUACUUAGCAAGUUACUGAUUCUGCUGAUGGCUACUCACCAUGUUCUUGACUUUCUUGAUAAAAGCUUGAGCACAUUUCUGUAUGUAGUAGAAAUGUCACUUUCACAUGUUGUCUGUUACCUCAGUUCUGUAAACCAGUUAGUGAUGCUCUCCUUUCACAUUGUGCUGUGCAAUAUUUAUCUUUGAGUAGCACUUUACAUUUUGAAUACUUUUCCAGAUAUGUGUGUAGGGUUUAAAGAAUGUGUUUGCAAAAAAUAAAUGUGGGAAUAAAACAAAA